AUGUGGUCCACUGCCAGACGACUCACAGCGGCAGCCCUCAAGCCAAGGGUAUCGACUACAGAGCCCACACCAUACUCAUGGAUCAAUCCAGCCGAGGCAGGACCGUCAAAUUAUGCCGGUCGAUUGUCCGGUAAGGCGAUAGCGAUCAAGGAGAACAUCUCUUACACGCUCGGUCCCACAUCAUGCUCAUCCGACGCUCUCCAAGGGUACCGACCUCCAUUCAACGCGACCUGCGUUCAGUCUCUUCUAGAAAAUGGCGCGCACAUAGUCGGUCAGACAAAGAUGGAUGAGUUUGGAAUGGGCUCCCUGACGUCACAUAUGCCUGAGCAUUACACACCGGUACAUAACCCUUCCGGUCCCGCUUCAGAUACGGGGCCCAGAUCAGCGGGCGGUAGUUCAGGAGGAUCUGCAGCAGCCGUGGCUGAAGGAAGUUGCUGGGCAGCGCUAGGAACCGAUACAGGUGGAUCUGUCCGUCUACCAGCUAGCUACUGCGGAGUGGUCGGUCUGAAGCCUUCAUAUGGCAUGAUCAGCCGUCAUGGCGUGGUAGCAUAUGCCGACUCGCUUGACUGCGUUGGGAUCCUCGCCCGAGAUGUCGAUACAGUCUCAUCUGUAUUUAGCACAAUCUCGCAUCCAGACGAACGGGACAUGACCUGCGCAACCGCCACAACCCGUCAAUCCGCCGCCGCGCUCCUCGCCUUUCACUUCCCCUCACUCUCCCCAUCCAGCCUUAAAGGCCUCAGGAUCGGACUACCGAUCGAGACACACCUUCCCUCCCCGAACGUCCAGCUCCCACCUUCUCUACUUGAACAUCUCCUCUCCCUCGGCGCGACACUACAUGCUGUCAGCCUGCCAAACCUACAUCUGGCGCUUCCGGCUUAUUAUGUGUUGGCCAGCGCAGAGGCGAGCAGUAAUCUGGCGAGAUACGGGGGAGUGUGGUUUGGGUCCGAAAAGGAGAAAGAGGAUUCCAGGGAAGGGGAAAGUGGGCUGGAAAGGAGAAGGAGGAUGAGGACCGAGGGGUUCGGGGGCGAGGUGAAGAAGCGGAUCCUGGCCGGGACGCAUGCUUUGUCUGCAGACGAGUUCAACAACACCUACCUCAAAGCCCUCCAUCUUCGGCACCUCCUCCGGACUGACUUCUCCCGCCUAUUCCGUGUACCCCACCCACUCGACCCCAACACCUUCGCACCGCCCAGGGGAAUUGACCUCCUACUCCACCCUACUGCCACCCGCACGGCGCCAAAGCUGGAUGCAAGCCAGCGCGGAGACGAAGAGAGCGAAUAUGCUCAGGAUUUGUUGACUGUACCUGCGUCGCUGGCGGGCUUGCCGGCGAUGUCUGUGCCAGCUGGAAAGGGAGAAGAUGGGUGGCCUGUUGGCGUGAGCUUGGUGGGGCAGUGGGGAAUGGAGCAUGUGGUAUUGUGGGCUGGACAGGCGGUGGACAGGUGGGAUUGGAAGUUAUAG